AUGGCAAGCGACUCACCAGUCCAUUUCUUCGACAUCACGUCGACCCUGCCUGGUUCCUCAAAAUCAUGGUCCCCAAACACCAUCAAAACCCGAAUGGUCCUGAACUACAAGGGCAUCCCCUACACCCAAAGCUGGGUCUCCUACCCUGACAUCGCGCCCCUCCUGUCCUCCCUCGCCGUCCCCGCCAACCCAGAAGGAAUGGCCUACACCCUCCCCGCAAUCAACCAUAAGCCGACCGUCACGUCCAACCCGACCGGCACGCUCAUGGACUCCUUCGCCAUCGCCUGCCAUUUGGACCAGCACUAUCCGACCCCGUCGCUCUUCCCCUCCGGCGACGCAAGCUACGCCCUCACCAUCGCAGUCGGCAAGCUCACAACCAGCGCGGUCAACAAGGCCCGCCCGCUCAUCGUCCCCAAUGUCGCCCACUUCCUUGACGACAAGGGGAGAGAGUACUUCAUCAAGACGCGGUCUGCGUUGUUCGGCAAGCCGCUGUCCGAGGUGCGGCCGAAGGAUCCCCAGGCAGUAAAGCAGGUGACGGACGAGAUCAAGAAGGAGAUGGAGGGGCUGGUGCAGAUGCUGCGGGGCAGGCUGGGGAAGACGGGGCCCUUUUUCGAAGGGGAGAAGCCCGGGUAUGCGGAUUUCAUUGUGGUUUCGUUCCUGGCGUGGUUGGAGAGGGCCGAUAAGGAGCUUUGGCUGGCGUUGCUGGAGGUCGGUCAGGGGGAGUUGAAGGCUUUGUGGGAGGCUUGUGUCCCGUGGGUGGAGGGACAGGGUGAGGAGAAGGACUGGCCGGUUGCCAAGUAG